AUGGCAACUUCUAGUGUGCCCAGUGAUUCUCUAUCACCUUCUGCUGCUAUUCAUGGCAAUUCGCAGAGUGUUGGAUCUUCCAUAACUAAUAUGGUUGAUUCUUCACACCCUUACUAUCUCCAUCCCUCGGAUUAUCCAGGGAUGAGUCUCGUCUCUUCACCAUUUGAUGGCAAAAGCUAUGGUGGAUGGAAAAGAGCAGCUGUUAUAGCUCUUUCAGCAAAAAAUAAGUUGGGUUUUGUUGAUAAUACUUUAGCUCUUCCUAGUGUUGAAUCUGGUCUACAGAAGGCUUGGCUGAGAUGCAAUGAUAUGGUCCUCUCUUGGCUGUUGAAUUCCUUGUCUAAGGAAAUUGCAGAGAGUGUCUUGUAUUCUCAAAAUGCCAAGGAUCUAUGGAGUGACCUGGAAGAUAGAUUUGGUCAGGCCAAUGGAGCCAAACUUUUUCAAUUACAAAAGGAAUUAAAUGCUGUAGUUCAAGGAAACACAAGUGUAUCAACCUAUUUCACAAAAAUGAAAAGCUUAUGGGAUGAACUGGAUGCAUUUAAUACUUCUUCUGGUUGUGUGUGUGAGUGUGAAUGUGGUGGAAAAAUAAAAACUAUCAAAGCACACCAAGACGAGAGGCUGUUGCAAUUUUUAAUGGGACUUAAUGAUGUGUUUAUAGGUGUUAGGAGCAAUAUUCUCUUAUCUGCUCCUUUGCCCAGUAUUGGACAAGCCUAUUCUCUUGUCAUUCAAGAUGAAAAACAGAGAGAAAUACACUCUUCACCUAGCUAUCCAACAGAUGCUGGUUCUUUUGUUGCAAAUACACAACCAGAAGAAAGGAGAAACAAUGAUUAUAGAGGAAAUCGAGGAAAUUUUUAUGAGCAGAAGAAGGAGACUGUGAUGUGUUCAUAUUGUAAGAAGAUUGGACAUACUAUAGAAAAAUGCUACAAGAUCCAUGGGUUUCCCUCAAAUUUCAAAUUCACAAAACCUAGAAAGUUUCAAGGAAGGGCACAUGCCAACUAUGUUACGGGUCCAAUGGAAAAAGGAAGUGCAGUUGAUGAGUAG